AUGCCGACACGACCGAAAGUCGAAAGCGAGAGUUGGAUCAUCGAGAGAGGACUUGGAGCGAAACUGCAAUACUCGUCGUACUUCAAUAUGCAGCUUGUACACGAAAUUCUGUAUAUACGUGCCGCGAUGUGGGGUUUCGGGUUUUCGCCCGCCCCGAAUGGUCCUUCAGAUUUGGCACGAAGUCAAAGACACUUUCAAAUAUUGUGGCCUGAGCUGGGUCUACGUUUUCCGACCUUAUCUAUUCCUACACGACCGUGGUUAAGAGAGCAUCACAGUUAA